AAUCCGAUGGAGAAAAAUGGUGGUCGCGGAAAGUUGUUGAAAGCUGGCGCGCGUGAAUGUCACUGUCCGAUUGAAGCUUUGGAUCUAUUAGAAUAAUUUGGCGCUAGUGAUUUUGAAGCUUUCGGCAUAUUCCGUUCGCCGUCCUCAACAGUCCUCAAAAUUAUUGUUCCGCUCCGAACAUCACAACCAUUUACGAGGAAUCACAUCAAUGGAUAUGAAUACUCUAAACAUAUCAGCGACGGUGAAUAUAUUUCGUCUUCUUGCAAGGCCGACGCUGAUUUUACCUCAAGCAACGAUUUCCACUUUCAACCACCUGCCGAUACCCCUCAAUUCGGCCUUUGGAAAAUAUCAAAAUGCUGAUAUUAGGGCUGUAGUGCUGGACAAGGAUAAUUGUUUCGCAUAUCCUGAAUCAAAUGAUAUUCACGAGCCUUACAAUGUACGUUUGCAGGUAUAUUUAAUGGUCCUUGAAAUUUCUCAGUUUAUGCUCAGCAUCGUGCUCCAGUGUACAUGAGUUUGCUUUUCUUUCCAUCAAGCUUGUUGCAUCUGACUUCCUUUCACUUUCUCGAGUGAUAUAUAUCAUGAAUCUCUGUUCGAUGCUCAUGUAUAAUAGGACAAUUUCAAGAAACUUCGGGAAGCUUAUCCAGGUCGGCGGCUUUUGAUUGUGUCUAACACAGCAGGUGCUGAGUCAUUAGAUCGUUCUGGCAAGCUUGCUGCUGCAGUUGAGAAGUCUACAGGUGUUCCAGUCUUACCUCAUGCUUCUAAAAAGCCUGGUUGCGGUCAUGAUAUCAUGGAAUACUUUUCAAAAUAUCCCGAGACUGGAGUCACCAGACCGGAUCAAAUAGCGGUCGUCGGUGACAGGCUUACCACUGAUGUCAUGAUGGCAAAUCUGAUGGGUAGUUAUUCUGUAUGGAUCAAAGACGGAGUUAUACCGGUGGAGAAAGCAAGUGUGGUGAGUAGCAUAGGUAUAAUUUCAAGUUUGAUCUGAUGGGUGUGCCCCUUAGUUUGCAAGAUUAGAGCAAAAGUUCGCUGGAUUUUUGAUUCGACGCGGGUACGAGGCGCCAGAGCCAGCAAGUCCAUUCAAAAAGUAGACUGGCUCAAUGCCAUCUAACCAAAAUGACUCCUUACUUUGCUAUACAUUGAGUUUUCAUUCUGGCAAUAAACUGCGCGAAAAUAUCAUAGUGCGCUAAUUGGGUCUAUGACACUCCCAAGUGGAGUAACAAAGACCAAAGAGUGUGGAGACUUGUUGAAGAACCUUCACUCUGAUCGUCACAUGAGGGAAAAGAUAACAAUUGGCAUUCACAAUAGGUAUGUUAUCGAAGAGGAAUUGUUUGUCAAUGUUUCAACCGAUGUGGACAGCCACAUGGUCAAAUGGCGAGAAUGGGCAGCUUGAGUAUGGUUUGUUUACAAGGAUGAUAGAACCUAUAGGAACUAAAUUU